AUGGAUCCCAAUCAACAUAACCCUUGGUCUAAUUUUAUGCAAAAUAGUGGUAGUCCUCCUUCUAUUCCAAAUCAACAAAGUAAUCCAUAUUUUAGAAAUACACCUUUUAUCUCAAAUCCACACCAUAAUCCAAAUUUUCAAAACUCACCUUUUAUCCUAAAUCCACAAAAUAAUCCACACUUUGGAAAUUACUCAUAUCAUCCACCACCUUAUCCAUAUCAAUAUCAACAAUUUACAUCUCAAUCAACUAACCCCAUUAUGCCUCAUGGGGCUCAAAUAGGUAGCUUAGAAACAGUUAACCUUGGUGAAGAAGUUGCAUCUGCACGUGUUGUGAAUACGCAUAAACAAAGGUUCCAACAAAAAGAGGAUGAAAUUCUCAUUCAAUCAUGGCUCAAUGUUUCAAAAGAUUCAAUUGUUGGGGUUGAUAAAAAAGGAGAUAGUUUUUGGAAGCGGAUCGGUGAAGCUUACAACAAGCAUCGUGACAUUAACUACAAAGAGAGGAAACCGACGCAACUAAAAUGUCGAUUGCAUAAAAUCAAUCCAUCUGUUCAAAAGUUUGUUGGAUGCUACAAACAAGCUGUGUCUACACAACAAAGUGGGAGUUCCGAGAGCAAUAUCAUGCAAGCUGCAUAUAAAAUCUAUUUCAAGAUGAAGGUGAAAAGUUUACUUUUGAAGCUGCAUGGAGAUUAUUGA